AUGUCAGUUUUGGUUAUGUUAAUGAUGGGUGGCAGCUUAGAGACUGCCACUGCUUUUGAACAUCACUCCAAGGUACAGAGGAGAUAUAGAAGAUGGACCAAGUACCUAGCCGUUUCUAAGCUCCCUAUCUCCUCUACCAUUGUCCCAGUUUGCGCUUAUAUAUUGUUGAUUUGUCGGUUGGCAGUGUCGGUUGAUUGGUAUCUUGGAACUACGAUUCCAACACCACCCAAGGCAAUAUCAGUACCUAUUUAUCAACAUCAAUAA